AAAUGUUCCCAAGUAAGUUUCUGCCUGUUUGUGUCACACCCAGGAUGUCCACAGAGAAAUGGCCGCCUUUCUUCCUAUAUUAUGGUGUAAAAUAGGAGAAAAGCCGCCAUUUUCUGUUGUCGCAUGUGAAAUGCAUACUAACUACGUUCAGCUUGAAACCGCUGACCAGAUUGACCAUGAGUCUUUGCAGCAGCAACAGGCCGUCACUGAAGGAGCUCAAACCAUCGAGGAACGUGCUGAAUCACUCCAGAAGCUGUGUGAAACACUGGCACCGAGAGAAUCCUCCUGCCUCGCAACAGACCAACUGAAGGAGUCAGAUGAAGCGCUGGAAACAAAACCCAAUGACAUAGAGCUCCUGGAUGACAGCAGGAGACGGCAGCUCUGGGAAAACACCCCGCUGAGAGCGACUGGUAUGCCGGUCGGCCCACAGCUGAGCAACAACUUCCAACAGAAACCAAGCGUGGGCGGCUCACAGCAAGACCUCUCAGCUGUGGGUUAUGCUGUGUCAGGGCAGCUUCACGGUGAUAUCAUCAAACUGCGAGCUCGGGACGUUCCGACAGAGAAUGAGCAACACCUGACACGAAUUAAAGACCGUGCAAGAUCUGGGCAAGAGCCUUCACUUCAAGACAAAGAGCAGCCGCUGAAAGCUCGUCUACUGCACAUCACAGAGAGCAGUCAGCAAGUCCAAACUCACGUACAGAUGGUUGUCAGGGGCGACACUGUGGAGACCAAGCAGGAGGCAGAGUGGACCGUCAUCCCAGAGACAGCCGUCCCGCUACAGGAAGAGCUCUCCUCCGAACAGGAAGUACUAGAAAGGAUGGGAUCUCUAGAGAAUUUUGCAGACCUCAUGGGGUCAGCAGAUAAUCAGAUGGCGCUGAUCACAGAGAGACUGGACCGGAUCAUCAGAGACCCUGUGGACAUCUCCUCCAUGACCUUGGCUGAUCCUCGACUCGUAUCGGACUUAAGGGAAAUGGAUGACAAACUGCAGUCUGAAAUGAGAAAGCUAUCAAAACAAAGUGCUGAAGAGGACAGACCAGGGCUGGAAACCACAUCCUCUUCAUCCCUCUGCCAGGCUUUCCACAGCAGUGUCCAUCAUCUCGAGCAGCUCAGACAGCGGCUAAAGAAGGUUCAUUCAGCUGUCUGGUCCCUGGAUCACUUCCUGGCCACAACAAGUGAAGUCGAGGCUGAGAUCCCAACCCUGCGGGCUAACCAGGACCCCAGCAGGCAGCGAAAUGAGGCAGACUGGGAACAGGAGAGAGUUUCUUGGCAGGCAGUAAUGCAGCAGAGGUUGCAGACUGCUGUGGAACAAUCUGAUAGUGUUGACAGCAUUUUAAAGGCCGUGGGAAUGACUCUGACCAUGGAUGGUGCAACUGUGACGUGCCGGGAUGUGGUGACAUCAUUUUCCCAGAAAGUUGUAGAAAAAGAGCUGAUGAGAACCAGGGAGAGGGAGAGCAAAGAAGAUAAAGACAACAAACUAUUUCUUCAAGGAAAGGAGAAAAUGCAUGAGGAUGAGGAAAAGAAUUCAGCAGAAAUGUGUCAGACCGAUAUUAGGGAUGAUUCACCACUGCAGGGCCGAGCAGAAAAGCAGGAGCAUCCCACUCCAGGUGUGAUGGAAGAGGAGUCAGGAUUGGAGGCAAAAAGGAGCAGGCUGGAUGGAGAGAAUGACACAAAGACACAAGGGGGAGAAGAGCUCAAGGCUCAAACAUGGAUGUUUGAGGGUGAAGUCGUAAAAACCAAGGACCAGAGGAGGAGAAGAAGAAGCCAGGUGAAGACAGAGAAAGAGGAGAAGGAGAGUUUGGUCCAGAGGAGUAUUGUCUUGUUAGGAGCCCUGAACGAGAUACAAGGAGCAGCUGAACAGCUGGGGCUGCAGGAGCCCACCCUGCCUGCUCUGCAGCAGAGGACACGUGCCUUGACGAGGCUGGAAAGCCAACUUGCUAGCCACCUCUCUGAGCUGCAGUACUUGUGUGGUGCAUCUUCACCAUCAGGAAUCCCUGACGAGAGCCAAACCAGAGAGCUGGAAGAUCUCUGGAAGGAGACAACAAAAGCUGUAACUGAACGGCUGGAUCAGUGUUGUGUCCUAACAGAGCUGCUGAAGAGGUUUCAGAGCAUUCGUGGUGAGCUGAGUGGGACACUGCAGAGGGCAGAAAACACUAUCAGUGAACAAGCCUCUUACAUGGGGAAAGACAACCUGCAGAGACGACACACUCAGGUCCAGGAAACCAAAGCCGAGCUGAACGGCCUCGGGGAUGGCAUAGAGGAGGUACGCUGUAUCUGCCGGCAGCUUCACACUCAUCUACGUCAGAUCCCAGAAUGCACCAUCAUCCCAUUUGAGAGUGAAGCUGAUGCUCUAAUGGACCGCUGGCUAGAUAUAUCAGAAAGAACAGAUUCUCACCUUGAAAACCUACAUCUUGGCCUGACUCUGUGGGACGGGGUCCUCCAGCUGGGGGCGGAGGUGGAGAGCUGGACUGCCAAUAAACUAGCAGUGUUUGCUCAGUCUCCGUCAUUUCAGACAGACGAGGACAUCAGAGCCUUGAAGAAUGAGAUCAUGACCCGGGAGGAGAGUAUGGAGUGUUUCCACCGACGAGCCACUGAGAUUCAAGUGCUGCUUCAAAGUACAGAGCCCCCUCUGGAGCUGCAGGUGGUGGAGACCCAGAUGAGAAAGAAGAUGGAGCAGCUGAAGGAGCUUGUUUCUGAAGCUGAGGAUUUUUACAGGCAGAUGGUGGCUACUAAGGUACAAAUCACCACCAGGAUGGCCGAAUGCUGCAGCUCCCUACAGAGGAUUCAAGACUCCCUCCCCAAUCUCAGUGGCUCAGAUGCUGCAAAAGUCCUCGCAAAACUUAAGGAUCUAUGUUUGGACCUCCAGAGUCAGGAUGAGCAGGCGGAGAGCCUGAUGGAGGAUCUGCAGGUUAUGGCCUCCAUAGCUAGUCCAGAGAGCCUGCAGAGUCUGUCUGCAGAUGGGAUUCAGCUGCAGGAGAAAGUCAGAGCCACCCACCAGAUCUUCUCUGAGGUGGAAGAACAGACUCAGAGAAAUAUCCAGGAUCUUGACAGGCUGCAGAGGGAGAGUGAGCAUUUGGAAGAAUGGUUGCAAGCCACUGAGGAAAAAGCAGCAAAGGAGGAGGAUCUUAGUCUCCUGCAAGAGGAAGCACUUCAACAAAGGGUGAGAGCAGAGGCCCUCAGUGAACUUGUGUCAUCCUUACAAAGCAGCACACUUCAGCAGUCUGCACUUGUAAAGGAAAGCAGCAAACUGUUGGAACGAUACUACAGCUUCCAAACCAACGUACUGGGUGGAUGUGUGGAGAAGGACAGCUCACUGAGGAGGGACACAGAAGUGUUUCAGGCUUUUUUAAAGUCCAGUCAGUCCAGGGUCGAAGAUCUGCGACAGAGUCCUGUAGAGCAGAAACAUCACUGUGCUCAAGCUGUGGAAAAUGCAACGGUAGAGGGGAAAGCAUGCCUUGAAGAAGUUGGAGUUACUGGAAGUAGUCUGAGCCCCAGACUGUGCGAUGGAGACGAUCUGAAACAGAAAUUUCAGGAAAAUGAGUCAGAGCUCACCUCCUCUUACCUGCUCCGAAGACAGGAGGCCUGCUGCAGAGUGCAGGAGCUGCAGCACCGAACUGCUCAGCUCCCAACUUUAUUCCCCUGGCCCGGCACCGCUGAGCGUCGACAAGUCUGCCUUCUAGCCCGUCAACUGCAGGAUGAAAUUGAAUCCCUGCAAUUAACUCUCAUCAGCCUGGAUGAACAGGGGCAAGACCAGACUGGGAAAACCAGUGACGCCAUCUGGAAGGAUUCCUCCCAGGCUGAGCUGGAGACCUGCUGCUCAACACUGAUGGCAGAGCUGAAUGGUGUGUGUUCCCGCCUCGAGGAAAGUGUGUGUAAUGAGGAACAUUUUGGCCAGUUGCUGCAGGACUGCCGCCACAAACUGACAUCCCUGCAGGAAAGGAUGUCAGCCUGUCAAGCCCGGAAAGAAGAAAGCUAUGCCAGACAGAUCACUGAUGUAGCAGCUCUGGAGGCUUUGCUGCAAGAAGUAACAGAUGUAGAAAAAGACCUUCUGCAACUUGUAACACUCAAAGACUCCAUCGCAGCCAGUUCCACAGCCGAGGCCCAGGCCAGCCUCUGCCAGGAAGUCAGUAACCUCCAAAACCACAAGAGGGCGCUAGAUAGUAGUGUCAGAGAAAAUCUAGCACUGCUUGAAGAGAAGAGGAACCAGAGUAUGCAAAAAGUGAAGGAUGAAGCCUCCUGUGUACAGAUAGCACUAAAAGACCUGGCUGAAAACUUAGGAAAACUUUCUGGGAAUCAUGAAGAGUUGCCUCACAUUAGCCAGCUUAAACAACAGUGGUGUAUAAUACAGGACUGUGACAACAGGUUGACAGUGUUGGCUGCAAGAGUUGAUGACCUGCAGAGGACUGGAGAGUCAAGCAUCACACAAGAAAUGCUUCCUGCAGAUGUCAUUUUGACUGUGGAUGCAGCUGCUAAAGACCUUGACAGCCUCAGGUCAAUUUUUCUGCAAAAGAAGAAUGAGUGUGCAGAAAACACUGCCAACAAGGUGAAACAGGCCAUCAGCCAGCUGAAGCAGUGGAGCCAAACAGUACAAGCUGAACCAUCAUCACCCAACCAGGCAGCUCUGGAUGAAGGUUCACAGCUCCAACAAGCCCUUCAUGAAGUGUUAUCAGAAGGAGAUUUUCUUCUAAACUGUUUGGGUAAAAAAUUCACAAAGAAACAAAAGAAACAUGCUUCAGAUGCCCUCAGUGAAAGCACACAUGCCCUUGAAACCUUAACUAAAAGCCUGGUUUCACAGGUCAGUCAGAGUCAAAGAGAAGGAGAAUUGGAAGAGACUGUUAGAAGCGGAGGUGAUACGUUGCACUCAGUUUCACCUGAUGAAACGUUGACCAUGUGUCCUCCUCCUUCAGCAUCAGACUACAGGAAAAACUCUGAUCUGAAUGACAACAAAGUUCAAAUCAAAGGCUCUUCCUACAUUUCAGAAAGACAUCAUCCUUCAACAGAACCUGCCAUGCACACAUCAGGAGGAUCACAUGUGGAUGCUAAUGGUACAAAAUUUGACCAAGCAUGUAUUUCUAUGCAACAAACAGAUAGCCUUACGCAAACAGAAGAUGCCUUAGCUCCUUAUCAAGUCCAAUUUGCAGAAAUCCCACAUAUUUCCAUAUCAAAAACUCAACAACAGUCACAAGAGUUAACAUCAACUCCUCCAAAAACAGAGACAGAUUUCUUUAAGACUGAUCUCAGGCCAAAAGAUAUCAGCACAAUAAAUGUAAACGAUACAGAGUGUUUAGUGUCAGAAUCGCCUCUUACGCUCAACAAGAAUUUAAUGGCUCAGCAAGACAACACUGAGCCUUUGCAGAAAUCCCCAGAUAUUGGUAAUGGGGUAAAGCUAGAGGACAUCCCAUUACCAACUCAUGAAAAUCAAUCUGGACAUGUAGCAGCACAAUCAGACACAUUUAGGGGAAUUAAUGCUGCACAAGAACUAGAGAAACACUGUAAGGCCAUUAGUGUGACCCCAAAGAGAGUGUUUACAAUUGUGUUGGACAUGGAGCCAGAUGAACUCUGGUAUCAUAAGGAAGCAGAGCUGGUUGAUGCAAAGUACCAGAAUUUCAACAGUUCAAGGCUCCCCGAGAGGAAAUCUGGACUGUUUUCAACAUCAGUCAUUCCUGAAUCAGAUAAAACAGAUUUCAAAAGUCCUUGUUUAGAUAAUCUUGAAUCAAGCCCAUCUCAAGUGACAGACUCAAUGUCGGAAACCCCCCCUGCUUUAGUAGGUACAGAACUGAAUGAGUUAAAAUCUACAGGUGCCAAAUCUAGAUGCUUAGAAAACUUAGAAACCCAUGACAAAACACACAAUGAAGUGUCGAAUUCCUCCAUAUCACGUGGCUCUGUUGCUGAAUUUCAUGUCAGUGGUUCAGAUCCGGCAGGAACAACAUUUCCGCAUGUCAAACAAGAGGAGAUGACAGAUUUGUGCCACCCUGAGGAGCGAACAAUGAGCCCAGUCUUGUGCACAGUGAAAGGUUCAGUGCAAACAGGAGAGUCUUUGACGGAAACCCAGAUACAGCUGACGGCUGUUGACACCGCACAGAGCAAAGGUACGGGAUAUGCAGAGAUGGCAGAGGGAGAAAAGACUGAAGAGGCAAGUGACCCUGACCGCACAGAGACCAAAUAUUUAAAAGUGCCAGAAAGAUGUGAGUCUACAGUGCCAAAUGUGGAAAGUGAGUCAAAGUUACCUGCAUCGCUGGAGGCCAAAGAGAUGACACAGGAGCAGCCUCAGAUCCAGCAGGACAUGGAGCCUGAGAGGACGGCGCAGGAGUUGGCAGCUGAUCCAGGAGCCGGAGAGGUGACAGGUGGAUCACCUGGAUCUGAGUCCAGCAAACACACGUCCACCAUGCAGGACAUUUUUUCCGAGAUCCAGACCUUGGUGGAAAGAAGUAACAUUAUAAAUAGGACACCACACAUUGAUUUAAACUGGUACCUGAAGUCCUCUCCUGGUGAGCCAGAGAUUCGAUUGGUACGAACAGUCCAGAAGGUUCUGGCAUGUCGAUAUCAACCAGCACGGCUGGAUGUCACAGCUAUGGCCAAACAGCUGGAGGAGGCACAGGACUACAACCGCUGCGUGCUGGAGCAAGUGGCUACAGUGAAAAACACAAGUUCUGCUGGGGUUGGUGACCCAGGUGUGUUGAAAAGCGUUGAAGGACAAUGGAGUGCUGCACUGCUGGAUGCAUCUGCCACAGUGCAGGUCAAAGCUGCACAGCUGGAUCAGGUCAAACAGUAUCACAAACAAAUGAAUAUCACUAGAGCUUUCCUGGAUGUUCUGGCGGCUGAGAAUGAAAAAAGGAGCUUAAAUGCUUUAGGAAGUAGUGCUCUUCAAGCUGAAAAACUCCAUGCCCUGCUGCAAACCAUGGAAUUGAAGAAAGACAUGAUGGAAGAGCUCCUCCGAUUAAGUAGCCAGUUGUCGGUCCACUUGAGCAAGGCUGAAAGCUCAGGUGCUCUUCUUGCCCAGCUUGGAGAUGUCCAGGAAGAAUGGAGGCUUUUGAAAGGAAGUAUCAAGAGAGCUCUGCAGCAUGCCUCAAACUCUGCCUCUCAAUCCGCUCUUCUCAUAAAAGAGGCCGAACAUCUUAAAGAAAAGCUUGAAGCUCUUCAGAAAUCCAACAUUUUCACACAAUCUGCUGGGAUAAUCCAUGAUAGCAAAAGCAUGUUGGAACUGAUUUGUUUGACUGCAGACCUAAAACUGUACAACCAGCUUUAUCUGCACCUACAGUCCCAGUCAGACGCUCUUGUCCAUUUCUCUCUGGGUCAGAAAGAGAAGAUUGAGAUCAAACAUAAUCUUCAGGAAUUGUGGUCCUUGCUCAACGUCACCAAGAGCAAGCUGGACACUUCCACAUGUAGCGCUGGUUACGUUUCUUCAGCUAAGAUCAACAAUCAAUUACGGGACUUGAUCAUAUGGGCGAAACAGGCAGAAAACCAUAUCUCAAUUGGGAAAAAGUUGUCUCUUUUCCCUGAGGAGGCUCGUAUUCAGAUUGUUGAGAUGAAGAAAUGUCAGACUGAUAUUUUAACCAGACGUUCCAACAUGCAGGUAGAAGUUAAAGAAAUGAAAGCCUUAGCAUCUGACAUGGAUAACGAGGAAUGUGACCGAGUAUUGAAGACAGUAGAAGACCUGUACAGAGGCAUUGCUGAGAGCUUGAAUCAUGUUCUUGACACCAUGAAGAAAAAUCUACAGGAGAGGGAGAAACUAUUAGGCCAGCUUGCCAGCAUGGAUGUCUGGCUAGCGGAAACACAUGCUAAUAGAGACCCCUGUGCUCACAUUGAGAAUGUUUCCAAAGCUGAUACAGGAAAGCUGGAGAGUGAGCUAAAGAUUCACAAGUUAACCACAGUUGAGAUAGAGAGGCAUCUACAUCUGGUGGAGGUAAUGGCAGAAAGUUGCAAGGAAGUAGCAGCAGGGCUGAGCCCAGGAGAGAGCCGCUACCUUGUCAAUAGGCUUUCAGGCCUUUGGACAGAAUUAGAUGUAUUGCUGGCUCAUGAGAAAGCAACCAGCUGGGAAUUAGAGGAGCUGAUUCAUGAGCGGGCCGCUUCAGAUGAGGAGCUGUCUACCAUCCAGGCUAGUUUAAAGCAAAUCUCCACUGAUUUAGAGCAGCUUCGGUUCCCCUUAGCACAGGAAUCCUUUUCAACAAUUGCACUAAUGAAGCACAUGCUAAUGGAACAUCAGUGUCAAGUACAAGACAUUCAGCACUGCCAGGAGGCCAAGCGUAGCUCCCUGCUGUGCGCCAUUGGGGAACUGCAAGACAGGUGCAAAGCUCUUAGUAUUCAUGCCUUUGAGCAAGACAAAUAUCAGCACCUUAGGGGACAAAUGGAGGAAUCUAGGGACAUUGCCAAAGAGCAAAUCCAGCGUGCCAAAGACAAAACAAUCAGAGUGGGUGAGAGGUUCAGACUAUGCCAGUCACUCUUAGUUGAACUCCCUUUGGUGAAGACACAGUGUCAAGAAGCAGCAGACCAACUGGAGGCCAUAGCUCAAGAAUUGUAUCCAUCACAGCUUAAUUCAGAGAGGCAGAGGAUUCAUCACACUGUGGAAACUUUAGUCUCCUGGGAGCAUUCUGUCACAGAUCAUAUCAAAAACCUGGAGGCCAAGCUUCUGCUAGGGCUACGUCUUUCCUCUGAGCUUCCUGCCUUAAUGGAGCUUUUCCAAAGUACAAGACUGGAGCGUCAGGAAGCCAAACCAAUCAAUCCAGAUGAAAAAGCAAUAGACAUUGCACUACAAAGAUGUUGGGUUUUUUGGAGAAAUAUGGAGUCUGGAAUGCGGGUGUUUGAAGCUUUGGGACAGAAAGAAAAAAUUAACUUAAAGAAGAACUACAAGGAACUGUACUCGCUUAGAGAUGCUGCAAUGAAAGAGUGCCAUUUACAAAUGGAGAGUUUAUCCCAGGCUCGAGAAUCCUUGAAGGAUUAUCAGUGGGCUGCUCAGGGAGCAAUAGGCUUCCUUCAUAAUGCUGAAGCCACCUUCUUAUCAGCUCCUGGAGGAUUUCUGGACUGUACUGAGGAGCAAAGACAGACCCAGCAGGCUCUAGAAGCUCUUGAAGAUGGAUUUCAGGCUCAUAUCUGCCACCUUGAGGAACUGGUGCCCCAGCAGCCCUGCAUGUCGCGCCCAAAGAUUGAGCAGCUCCACAUUAAUAUCCUAAGUCAGUUGUUGGUGGGAAGAGCUAUACUGGAGGCCCAGGCCCAGCUCAGGCUGCAGUCCCUGCAGAGGUGUGAAAAAAGACAAAAAAGUCACAGGAGCUGUCAUGAAGACAUACGGCAGCGUCUUUCUGGAUUUGGAGCCAAGAUUUCAGACUGUGCUGCAGUACAAGUGACUUCAUAUGACAAAUGUGUUGCCCAACAUGAAAGAGUUAAGCUUCUGAUGGAGGAUCUCCGCAGCCUUGCUGGGAAGAUAGAAGAUCUGAGAGCUGGAUGUCCAAUGCAGGGCUGUGGGGUUGGAAAGGGCAGCGAGCUUGGUGCUCUCUGGAGUCGCUGGGUAUCAUUACGACGUGGAGUCGGCCUCCUGAUGGCACACACAGAACAGAGAGGAGAGGAAUGGAGGGACAUCACUACUACUAUGGAGCAGUGUUGCAGCUUUUUGGCCAGUCUUCAGGCUGAUGUUCCCGACUCCUCCACUGUGAGCUUCACUCAAGAGGAACCCCAGGAGCUUCUGGCCCAGGCUGAGAUGCAUCAGGCUGGGCUGGAACAAGAGCAGCAGGCUUUAGCCUCCCUGGAGCAUCAACUGGAGCACGCUCUGAGUUUAUCCAGUUCCCAAGAUCCCAUCAGUCCUGGGCCUGUUGGCAAAACACUGGUGAAGAUCCAAGAGAAUGUCAGGAGCUUGAAAGAGAGGAACCUGCUGGUGGUAGCUGCAGCUCAGGCAGAGGAGAAGGAGAGACAACAAGUUCAAGAGGAGAUAGGAGAAGUGGAGCAACACAUAGUUGCCAUUCUUCCUGUGCUGGAAACCUGUUCGAAUCUAAGAAAACAACAGGAGCUCAGAAAAGAAUUGUCUUCCCAGAAGGCCAAACUAAAAUAUAUCAUGGACGGUGUACAGAGCCAUUAUGAUGAGAUUCCAGCUGAUCUCGGCAAACGGAUACAAGAAGUUCAACUGUCCCUACAGAGAGCUGAGGAGAAGGUCUUGGAGAGGAGCAGCCUGGUUCAGAAACUGGCUAGUCAAGUGGUGGAGUUGGUUUCUGGCCUGGAGAAAGUGAAAGCAAUACUGGAGCAGAGAAGUACAACAUUCAAUGAGUCUCAAAAUGUGCUCAAGCAUGUGUGGGAUGAGCUGGAUGCAUGGCACAGCCGCCUGAUGCUCCUAGAGAACGAGGUGCAGGAUCUUGCGGAGGAGCAGCCAAAUCAAGCCCAUCUACUCAUGGACCAACUCACACAGCCACUGCAGCUCUACCAAAACGCAGCGCAGAUGGCCGAGCAACGCACUGCCUUCCUCAGCAAGAUCCCUGCCUGUCUCCAGGAGUUUGAAGAUAUUCUGUACAGUGCCAUCUGCUGGUUGGAUGAGGCCCAGUCAUGGCUCAACACUCCCUGCUCAUUCACAACAGCCAGAAGCCUCCAGAAUCAUGCAAAAGCCCUGCAGUUGGUUCUGGACGACUCUGUGAGGAUCAGGGGCACCCUGCAGGACUUUAGAUCAGUGCUGGCUGAGAUCUCUGCUGUGUGUGACAUCAGCACCCAGGAGGAGAGGCUGGACCAGAAUGACCAACAAGUCCACACAAUGCAACGCAACGUCCUAGAGCCACUGGAGCAGCUGCUGCAGGCUGUUGUGGUGGUGGAGGCCAUGGAAGCUGAGCUAAAGAUGAUGGAGAAGAAUGUCCCGAAGAUCAGAACGAUUUUAUCCUCAAUGGACAACUCCAGCAUCACUCUGACGGAGCAUCUCCAAAACCUGCAGGUGAUCCUGGCCAAUGUGCAAUCGAUGCAGAGGACACUGGAGGAGUUGGAGAAAUGCAAACCAGAGCUUCACCUCCCACAGGGAGCAAUGGAGAACCUGGUGGUCUUCUCCAGAGCUAGACUGCUCCUGCAGCCGCUCGUAGAGCUGGAACAACUCACUCAGCAACAAACCUCGCUGCUGGAGAACAAGAUUAAGGAGGAGGAGGAAACCAGUAAAGAUCUUGGCGUCACCACAACCUCCAACCCUCCUGAAGACAUUCAGCAGCCAGAUGGAUCCACACAAAGAAACUUCACCCAGCAGGAGGAUUUUGAGGUGUCUAAUUCAGAGGAAGAAGAGGAUGAGGAAGAUGAGAGUUGUCACUCAUCGUCCUCUGACACACUAACAUGCAGUGUUCCAGAGGACCCAGAGGACACGCUCAAUGCUACAGACGUGCAAAGUGAAGAUGCAUCUGACAUUAAGCCACUCGCUGAUAUUAAGGCACUGGAGAGUCUGACGGGUCAGUUUUGUUCUGAAGUGGAGACGAGUUCAAGAAGUGCUGAAAGUUCCUCUGUUGAGGCUUGGCUUGAUACCAAGUUUGGAUCAGAAAAUGUUGAAACUGGAUUAAAAACAAUGGAAAACAGAAUAGAUCCCAAAGCUGAAUCUGGUGAAGUAUCAAGACUCGAAACUGUGACAGAAACAACUGAUCCGCUAAUCACUACAGCUGCUUCACUGGACCAACACAGACCUCAAAAUCAUGAAACUAUCGUCACUGAACCUCAUGUACAGUCCCAUCAGGCAGUGGAAGACACAAGACUCAUUCCUGCAAGACCUAUAACUCCGUUCACUGCCACAAGAGCGUCAGUUGAGUUCAUAGAGGAGGAAGAUGGAAAUAUGUCUUCGUCCACAGCUCCCCAUCAAGGUCUGGAUACUCUUAGUGGGCUGACGGAGCAAAGUGAAGUCAGCACCAGUCAUUUCAGUUUAGUAGAAGAAUCCCAACAUGCCCAGGACUCCUCAGAGGUGCCAAUCAGAUUGGCCGGACACAAAAAAGAUGAUGAGGAGCAGCAAAAGUGGAGUCGACUUCAUACCCAGAUUUCUCAAAAACUGACCACUCUGAAAAAGGUUCAGGAGGAGCAUCAAACUUCACUCAGCUCAGAGGAUGGAGGCAAUGAAAAGGUUCCAGAAAGAGAGCUGGUGUCGACAGGAUCUGCCUCUGCUGUCCUCCAGCGGGUGCAUGAGGCCAUGGCCAUGCUAAGACAAAUAGCGAGGUCUGCAGAUGGUUCACAUCCAGAUGUAAAGGAGGAGUUUUAUGAGGCUGUACGGAGGGUCCUCCUCUGUCUGGAUGCUUUGACUGACCUACUGCUGACUCCUGGAGGAGCUGGUGAAGAUGACGCCCAGCUGAGGCUGCUACAGCAGGAGUGUGUAUCAAGUGAGCUGGUGACUCUGGCUGGUCUGCUAAGAAAUGUGGAGUCAGACACCAGGCCUGCGCUUUUGGGGGAAGAACCAGACGCUCUCCUCUGUUUGACCUCAGUCCAGCAAUGUCUACAAACUGUCCAGCUGGUCUUCACCUCAUCCCAGAAUCAGCUCAUUGAACAUCUGGGCCUCAAAAACCAACAUCAGGAGCUCUUCUCUAACCAGCCGUGUAUUUUGGACGAGUUUGAACUGGGACAGAGUGAUAUGUUUCCCACUCUAAAGGAAGCUCCCAGUUUGGAGCAGUGUGUGCUGGGCAGACAUCUGAGAGAGAAACCAGGGGAAAAAGCCAAGCUACAGCAAGCUUCCCAGUCCUUGCUUCAGGGGAUAACUCGCCUCCUGGAACUGGGUGAAGAAUGCAUAACAGAAGGGCAGAAAAGCCGGGUUCACAACCGCAGCCAACUUCAGGCCGUUCUCUGCAGACACAAGAAGCUCCUGCAGGUCCUCGGGUCUCAGUUGGCUUUUGUGCAGCAUCUAUUCCAACGUGAGCCAGAAGCACUCAAGUGUCAAGAGGAUGAGCGGGUACAGCUGGAAGUCAGGGCCAAAGCUUUGCAGCAACAGGCUCUGGAACAGGAAGUGGCUUCUCAAAGGAGGCUCCAGGAGUGGAUCCGGUGGGAGGAUAGUUGUGUUGGACUGGGCAGGAUGCUGGAUGAGCUUGAAGCCUUCAUCAGCAGCGGGGAACCACAGGGAGAAGAUGAUGAGGAGGUUGUAGUACAGCACAGACUGGAUGCUUGCCAGCAAACCCUGGUCCAGCUGGAUGAGAGCAGAGCUGCUGUAGGACUGCUGCUGGAUCAGGGGAAUAUGAUGCAGACAGAGCCAGUGUUUGCUGCCUCAGUCAGCCAGGCAGGAGGCGCUCUGGAGCUGCGAUGGCGGAGUGCCUACAGACGGACGGAGCAAGAGAUUCAACGCUGCAGAGAUGUCCAGGACAGCAGGGCCAGGUGGGACAGAUUCCAGACAGACUUUGCCUCGGUCAGUGAUUGGCUGGUUGGUGCCAACAAACACCUGAAGACUUGGUCGGAACUGGCCAACACCUCUGACCUGAACCAGGAGUGUGUUCACAGUAGUCUGAUCAAGCUGCUGGAUUUCUCCAUAGAGAUGGAAGCCAUGUCGGUCCAGCGGGCGGCUGUAUCAAAGGAUGCCACUCAGCUGCGCCACCUGAGGGAAGCUGAUUGCCCGAGGCUGAGAGCUCAGCUCGCCCAGCUGGAGGUCAGCUGGAGCCAGCUGACCUCUGACCUGUCGAAGAUACAAGACCGGCUGCAGCAGCAUCUGCUGUCUGCGUGGCCACCGGUGCAGCUGCUAUCUGACCUGGAGGACUGGCUGAAGAAACUGGAGGCCCGACUGAGCCGGGAGAAAGAAACAGUCGUCAAGGCCAAAAAUGCUGCUCAGAUCACAGAGAGCCAGCAGCACUACCAGGAGUUGAAGGCAGGCAUGGUCAGUGGGCAGCUGCUCCUCGAUUUCCUGUCCCAGUCUGGGCCUCGGGUGGUGGGAGCAGAUGCUCUCUGCUCCAAACGCACGGUGUUUGCAGAACAACUUGGUGCCCUCAGACUGCAGUGGUUCCACCUGCAUAGAGAGCUGGACAGCCAGAUUUAUGGAGCUGAACAGAUUCAUCACACUUGUGCAGCCAAAGAGAGACAGUUGCAGCGUCUUAAUAAAACUAUAGAGCAGCAGAAAAAGCAGCUGAAUCAGUGGAAACAGCCCACCAGUCAAACUCUGGCUCAUAAGGCUCUGCUGGAGUGGGAGGCUGUUGCGGGGAGAGUGAAGGAGGUGGCUGCAGCUUUGCAGGACUUGAAAGCCACAUGUGUGCAUGUUGAAAAGGAAGAGGAGCACGCAUGUGAUGUCACCUUCUCUGGCCAGGCAGAGAGCCUUAGCCAUGCUUGUCAGGAUCUUAGUAAACAGAUGGAAGCUUUGAGACCAGCUCUACAUCAGACUAUGGAGGAGUGGGGUUGUUUUGAGAGAAAUCUGAGAGAGGUUUCUCUACACACCACUAGGGUGCGCUGUUCUCUGCAGCAUCACCAAGCUCCUUUGCUCUCACUGAAGCAGACACAGGCAUACAUGGACCUCCUUCAGCAACACCAGGAGAAGGCUAGACGAGGGGAAGAGCUUUGGGUGGCUGUGGACAAAUCCUACCAGAGUCUCAUGAAGACUCUUGAUCAUGGAAGAGCACAGUCACUGCGUGAUCAAAUGGAAGGAGAGCAAAAACGGUGGAAGGACAUGCUGCAGAAGAUUAAGGAUGAACACAAGAAGACUGGAGAGACACUUUCCCUCUGGCAGGAGUACACACGCCUCUCUGAUAACUGCUCCCUUCACCUGCAACACCUGUGGCAUCAGUGGGAGGAGCUGCUGAGUUCCUUGCUUUCACCGCAACAGGACACACAGGCCAUGGUUCACUCAGUGCAGAAAUUGCAGGAUGCUGCUGAGGACUUGCAAAGCAGUGUGGGAGAUGUGCUGGCAUCUUCCAAGCCUCUUAUUGGACAUCUAGAACCACUGGCUGCAAAUUUAAUCCAAUCAGAGACCAGGCUGCUUUCACGUGACGUCCUGCUGCUGAACCAGGCAAUGUCAGGCAAAAAGAAAAGUCUCCAGGAGGAUUUGGGGCAACAGAAACUAUUUAAUUCUCAACUGGAGGCUCUUGAAAAGCAGACACAGAAUAUAUUGCACAAGCAGAACGUCACCAUAAAUAACAUAGACUCUGUAAAGCAGGAUCUCUUGGCACUCAGUGAAUCACUGGUUGACGUCAGGGAGAUGAGUCGCUGUAUGAGCCUCAGCAAAGAGCAGACAGAGAGACUGCACAUGCUCAGCAGGCAAUGGAUCGACAGUGUGACUCGAACGUCUGACAUGAACAGAGAGCUGCAGGCUGAAAGUCAGCGUUCCCAGGACUUUCAGCAGAAAUGUAAGAACCUGACAUCUAUCCAGGAGAAGUUGGAGCAAGAGACAGUACCCAGAAAACUUCAAAGUUACUCCAACCUCAAAGAGAUGCUGACUGUACAUCAGAGGCUUCAGGCUGAAAUGAUAAUUGGACACCAGCUCCUACAGGGUCUUCUCUGUGAUGCAGUAGAGUGCAUGGAAAAAGAAACAGGACAGAAAAGAUCUGAGCUCAUGACACAAGUGGCCUGUGUGAAGGAGAGAUGGUUCAGCGCCGUCGCUCUGGCUGUUCAGCGCAGGACCCUGACAAAAGAACAACUCAGCCAGUGGAGGAUCUACCAUAGUGGCUUGAAACUUCUGUGGAAGCUGCUGAGUGAUGUUGACCCUCUGCUGCCUCCUGCUGGCCACGCUCUGUGUACACUGCAGCAGCUCCUGAGCUGCACGGAUGAUUACCAGUGUGUUGAAGAGGCUCUGGAUCUGCGCUCUACCGUGUACAUCCAGACUUUGGAUGCUGGCAGACAUUUAUGUGGAACUAUGACAGAGUCUGAGUGUCGGAGUCAACUGCAGUCACAGCUCCAGGCCAUAGAGGAGGCCUGGAAACAUACCGGCUCACUGUUGGCAAAAAGAAGAGCCCUGAUCAACACCACUGUUCAGAAGUGGACACAAUGUCAAGAUGAGAUAACCAACAUCAUGUCUGAACUGGAUGAGUUGAAGACCAGGCUGAAGAAGCAGCUGCCUAAAAGGCCGGAGGACUCUGAGGAAGAGACGUUCAUUCAGAAGACGGACCUCUCUCUGCAGCAUUUGGCCAGUGAAUUGAGGGAACUGGCCACCAUGAAGACGGACAUGUCCCAGUAUGUCGUGGCCGGUGACUCUGCUCUGCUGGAGCAGCAGCUGGAGCAACUCCACGGGCAAUGGGAAGAGCUGUGUACCAAGGUAUCCUUGCGCAGGCAGGAAAUCGCAGAUCGCCUCAAUGCUUGGACCAUCUUCAACGACAAGAACAAAGAGUUCUGUGAUUGGCUGACUCAGAUGGAGAACAAGGUGUGCUACAGUGGCGAUCUGAGCAUCGAGGAAAUGGUGGAGAAGCUGAAGAAGGACUGCAUGGAGGAAAUUAAUUUGUUCAGUGAGAAUAAGAGCCACUUGAAGCAGCUGGGAGAACAGCUACUGUUAGCCAGUGAUGAGGCCAAGCAGACCCAGGUUCACGGCUCACUGCAGGAGGUCAACCAGCGUUGGCACAACCUCUUCAACCACAUCGAGGCCAGGGUGAGGAAGCUGAAGGAGACUCUGGUGACGAUGCAGCAGCUGGAUAAAAACAUGAGUAACCUCCGCUCGUGGCUUUCCCGCAUCGAGGCCGAGCUGUCCAGACCAAUCACCUACAGCGUCUGUCACCACCAGGAGAUCCAGAGGAGGCUGGCCGAGCAGCAGGAGCUGCAGAGAGACAUUGAGCAGCAUACAGAAGGCGUAGCGUCGGUGCUCAGUCUGUGCGACGUUCUGCUGCGGGAUGAAGAUGCUGCUGGCGGCAUCGAGGCGGAGAGCGACUCCCUGCAGGAGACCAGCCGCAGCUUGGACCAGCGCUGGAGGACCAUCUGUGCCAUGGCUCUGGACAGGAGGCUCAGGAUUGAGGAGACGUGGAGACUCUGGAACAAGUUCCUCGAUGACUACUCACGGUUUGAGGAUUGGCUCAAGAUGGCAGAGCGAACUGCAGCCAACCCCAACUCCGGAGACGUCCUUUACACUGUCGCCAAGGAGGAGCUCAAGAAAUUUGAGGGUUUCCAAAGGCAGGUUCAUGAGCGUCUGACCCAGCUAGAACUAGUCAACAACCAGUACCGCCGCCUGGCCAGGGAGAACCGCACUGACCGCGCCAGCCAGCUCAGAGCCAUGGUCCAUGAAGGCAACCGGCGCUGGGACACGCUGCACCGCAGAGUAGCCGCCAUCCUCCGCAGGCUCAAGUAUUUUACCAACCAGAGGGAGGAAUUCGAAGGCACCAGGGAGAGCAUGCUGGUAUGGCUGACAGAGCUGGACCUGCAGCUCACCAACGUCGAACACUUUUCAGAGAGCGACGUCCAUCACAAGAUACAGCAGCUCAAUAGUUUCCAGAAGGAGAUCACCCUGAACACUGAGCGGAUUGACGGGCUGAUUGUGUUUGGAGAGGGUCUGAUCCAGAAGAGCUCACCACAGGAUGCUGCUCUGAUAGAGGACGAGCUGGAGGAGCUGCACUCCUACUGCCAGGAGGUUUUCAGCAGACUGGUCCGCUUCCACCAGCGUCUCAGCCAGCCCCCGGCGAUUGCAGAAGAACCCGAGCUCUCCAGCACCACCUUUUCCUUGGAGUCAAGCUUGGAGCUGAUUGGCCGGCCGUGGCUCGGACGGAGCCAAGGAAGCCUCCCGGCCACACCCACCCACCUGCUGACCUCUCCCCUGGAGCGAUCGGGGCGGGAGACACCGGUGAGCGUGGACUCCCUGCCGCUUGAGUGGGACCACACCGGAGACGUCGGAGGGUCAUCAUCACAUGAGGAUGAUGAGGAGGAGGAAGGACAAGAGGAAGAAGGAGCUUACUUCAGUGCAUCAGAGGUGGAGUUGACUGAGAGCCAGGAGGAACUUGUUGAAGCCUCAGAGGCCCUACGAGCUUCCUCAUUGGGUGCUUCUCCAAGAUGGCGUUCACCAGGAGAUCCAGAAACUGAGAGCCAUCUUGAGGCUCCACCCACCCACACCAGCACCCCUCAGAAGGGCUAUCUGCGUCUCAUGUCUCAGUGCAGCGACAGCAUUGAAGACAUUAAAAGAGUCUCACUGAUACUGGAUGACGAGGAGCAGCCGGAGGAGUUCGGUCUGACAGGGCUGUCUGUCUCAGACAAACAGUCAGGUGUGAUCGAACGCUGGGAGCUGCAUCAAGCUCAGCCCAGGAGAGACCAGCACGCCGGUCCUCAGGAGCCUCAGAAACUCAAACGUGACCUUGAUGACAUCACUUCCUGGUUAGAAAACGUGAUCCUGGAGCUAGACCGCCUCCAGCGGUCCGACCCAGCAGGCAGUAUUGACGACAUGGCAGCCAGAGCUAAAGAGCUUAAGGAGAUGCAUAAGAUGUUUACCCGCUACAAGUCUGUCAUGCUGUCUGUCAACCUGCGGGCUGUGGAAGUCCCAGAGCAACAGGAGAGACUGGCUGGUAUGAAUCGAGACUGGAGCCGAGCGUGUACGGGCCUCCAGCAGUGGGACACCAGUCUGAGAAAGACUCUGAUGUGCUGCCAGGAGUUCCAUGAAACCCUCCACUCUCUGCUGCUGUGGCUGGCCCACGCAGAGAGCAGACGAUACGCAGUGGACAUCAAUCAUCCGGAAACACCCGUCAGAGCCCUCCAACAACACAUCAGCACACUCACUGAUCUGCAGGAGGAGCUGCGGGGCAGGCAGGCUCAGCAGGCCUCCCUCCAGGCUCUGUGGUCUCAGCUCCAGCCUGAGGAGGGGGCGGAGGAGAGCGACGAGGCCCGGGAGAAGCUCCAUGUGACGGGCAGCAAACUGAAGCUACUCCUGAGACAAGUGGCCCGGGACCUGAGCAGCCUGCAACAACGUCUGGAUUGUGAAUCUGCAUCAGCUGUCCAAGGUCAAAGUGCCUCUGCAGAUCCCUCUCAAGAGGCCACACACUCAAAGAAAGAUCCCUCCACUGAAAGAGAAGGGAGGGACUCCCCAUCUCCGCCUCGGUCCUUCUUCUACCGGGUCCUUCGUGCUGCCUUCCCUCUUCACCUCCUCCUGCUGCUCCUCCUGCUCAUCCCCUGCCUGAUUCCCAUGUCAGAGAGCGACCCCGGCUGCACUGUGACCAAUAACUUCGCCUGGUCCUUCUACCCCAUGCUACGCUACACUAACGGCCCGCCGCCCACCUGAUAGUAAUGUACUUUGGGGAAUUUUUUUUUUUUUUUUUAUAGAACACAUGCCACCUUUUUGUCACAUUGAAACACAUGAAUAAACUAUAUAACAUGUAAAAUUAAUAUGUUAAGCUUAUGAAGCGACUGUCUUCUAAAACAUGAAAAAGUCCAAAGUCCAGAAAUUGUAUUUAAGUGUCUUUUUUUUUUAAAGAUUUGAUCUUAAUCUUAGAAGAGAUUGUAUUUAUUUCAUGAACAAAACCACCCAUUUCACUGCCUUUUUAAUCAAAACCCCACACGUGAACAAAAAUUUUAGUUUAAUAAUGCAAAGAUCUCCAUCGCCAUCCAAGAAAUCAAUCACGGCAGUCAUUUGAAAGAUCCCAAGAUCAAAGAUGGGGUCUUGACACUGUUGGAAGAAUGAGGUGGUGAUAAAACUUCAGUGGCGGCAAAGAGAUGUAUAAUAACUGGUAUUAUAGUUUUAAUAUCCUUCAGCUAGGAUGAGUAAUGCUUGACAGAGAAGCUAGCGACAAAUUCAGAAUAUUUUUCUUGCUUGAAUUUGUGCUAAAAGCUUCAUUUGAUGGAAACUAAACAAACUACUGCUUCGUUUCUACUCAACAAAUUUACACAUAAUCACUGAUGAAAUCUGUGUGUCCUUGUCAUUUACAUUUUUAUAUUCAUAUAUCACUCCUGCCAAGGUCCUAAUUGUAUGUUAUUUUAUGAACUGUUGACAUUUCAUUUUGUCUAACUUGAUCUGUUUUUAUGUUAGACUGAAUUCUAAAGAAAGUUUAUUUUUUACGACAGAAGACACUGGUUUAAUUUGAAUGUAAUUUGUAACAAGUGCAAAAUUAUGGCAGUUUUAUAUAUAAACUUGUACAUCCAUAUUUUUGUAGACAUGUUUUGCCUAAAGUAGACAUUUCCAUGCCUCCUGGUGCACUGUUGAAACACUGUAGAUUUAGCAGGAUUCCUUGUAUGUACAGACUGUGAUAAUAUAAUGGUUAUUUAUGACAUCAAAAAGUGGAUUUAUGCUUCUGAUUUUCUGGUAGUAAACACGGAUUGUCUUAAACUCCAUUUGGUAAGAGCAUUUUCUUUCAUUCUGCCUCAUAUCACAGCAACAAAUUGGGUGAAAUUACCUUUUUUUCUUAUCUUUUUUUGGAAUUUUUUGAAAUAUUUUGUUUUCUUUCUGAGAGUUAGAAACUCAAAACCCAAAAGUACACUUAGCAGUAUCUCUAAAGCUCACCAAUUGACAUGUUGAGUUUGUUUUUAUCUGUACACAAAACUCUAGAGAAAGUUACAUGGUUUAACUAUUUCUUGACAACCUCCCCCCCAAAAAAAACGUAAAUCCAUCCACCCAGUUCUUCUGUGAUGUGCCUCACCUGGCUGUUGUUUGCCAAGAAACAGUUAAAGAACACAAUUCUCCGUAAAACCACAAUUAGUUGUGUUUUUCACAUUGGUGGUAGGAAGACUUUAACUUUUGAGAGGCCACUGGGCUUUUAUUUUUAUGUUGAAAACAAGUGUACUGGAAGAUUCAGGCAACUAGAAAGAUACACAAAGGUGAGAGCACUCUUGUUUACUAUCCACACAUUUCCCAAUACUCCCAAUCUUAUGUUAGUGUCCAAAAUUAAUGCAUAUUAUGCUUAAGCCAUAAUCAUAUUAGGUUUUAGUAUAUCAGACACAGGUUACCUACAUAAAUGCUGGUUU